AUGCAGUACCUCGCCAACGCCCUGGCCCUCGCCUCCGUGGCCCUCGCCAGCUCCCCGCCGCCCCCCGUCGGUGGCUUGUACCAGCGUGACAUGGCGACGAACUUGACCCUCAACAACGUCGUUUCCAGCAUCGGUCAUUCCAUGAUGGUCCUCGACCAAGCCGUCGUCAAGAUCAACGAGCGCCCCGAAGGCGUCAAGCAAGCCACCGGCAUGUUGCUUCAUGAACUCAAAGAAGGCACCCGCAAAGUUGCCCAAAGCGGCACGCUGACGGGAUUGGAGGCCGCCUCGCUGCAAGUUCCCGUCUCCCUCCUCUACCAGACGGGCCAGAAGCUCCAGAGGGAUCUCAACAGCAAGAAGUUCAGCAUUCAGAAGGCCAACGGCUGCGGGGCCGUCCAUGAUAGUCUCGGUAACAUUCACCACAACACCAGGAGCCUCGUCAGCGUCAUCAUCGCCAGGAUCCCCGACGAAUACCGUGAAGUCGCCGUCAACAUGGUCACCAAGCUGGAGAAGAUCAUUCAGCAGUGCGAGCAAGACUUUGUCGACUGCAAGAACGCGAACUCGUCCGAAAAGUCCCUCAACAAGAGGAACUACGGCAAUCCCGGCGUUGACACUCCCAGCACCCCUCCCAGCAAACCCAUCAGCAACCCCCCCCCCAGCAGCGGUGACGGCAACGACCUCGACGCCUACGGCACCUCCCCCGAAAUCAACUCCAACACCAAGAUCAACUCCAACACCAAGGUCAAUGCCGACACAAGCAUCAACACCAACACCAUCACUGAGACUGAGACCAGCAAGGCACCCGACGACACCUUGAACACCAUCAUCUCCUUCGGAAAAACGUUGAUGAGCGGCCUUAAGGCGGCUGGCAACUUGAUCCAAUCAAGCCCCAUUGCGAGCGGCGGCGGCGGCGCCAACUUGAACUGCCCCUACAACAAUGCCGUCGCUGGCGGUGCCUGCCCCUUUGCCAAUAAGGGAGCCUCUGCUUACGGCGGCGGUGGCGGCCAGUCCGGUUCCAGCUUUGGCGGCUGCCCUUACCAACAACGAUAG